AUGCGGUUAGCUACACGUCUGUGUUCCUUGUUGUAUUUCCAUAACUUGCCAUGUUGGCCAAACGAGUUGAAGAUGGCUAUUGCUGCCAGUUGUCGUGUUAUUCCAUCGUUUAUUACUGAAGCUGAAGAAUUAGAGCUUUUACAAGAAGUCGAACCUCAUAUGAAGAGGCUGCGAUAUGAGAAGGCUCACUGGGACGAUGUUAUUCAUUUGUAUCGGGAACGAGAGCAUCGCAAAUGGUCAUCGGCAAACGAGGCAGUCAUUCAGCGUAUUGAUUCGUCGUUCGCGUCUGAUGCUCAGCACAUUACACAAGUUCAUGUUUUAGACCUUCACAAAGAUGGUUUAAUCAAACCUCACAUUGAUAGCGUAAGGUAUUGUGGUGACGUCAUCGCAGGAAUUUCGCUUCUAUCAGAUGCUGUUAUGCGUUUACGACAUAAGGAUUCAAAGGACAGUUGGAUUGUUGAUUUACUUCUUCCUAGAAGGUCACUAUACCCUCCUUUCAAAUUUUACGUUUCUUACCGUUACGAUUUCACUCAUGAAAUAUUGUCAAACGAUGACUCAGUAUUUGAUGGAAAACGAGUCGAAAAAUCUCGAAGGAUAUCUAUUAUAUGUCGCGAUUUACCAAAACAACAUCACGCGGAUGCUACACCACUGCAAAUCAUUUGA